UUGCCACUUUAGUGUACUUUUGUUUUCCGCUAAUGAAUGUUAAUAUUUCACAUUCUUGACAAAGGUUUCAGUAGCAGUAGCAGAAAUGGCAGCUGAAUCCAGAAAUAAUCAAACAGAAAAUGGAGAAGAUGAUGAAGAAGAAGAUUACAUGGGAGACCUCUCUCAGUUUGUUCUUCCUCAAACACCCAACACUUCUAAUUUUCCUUCCAAAAAGAUCGCGAGCAACAAACUUCCGGAUGUUCAAUCGUCAAAGAAGAAGGCUAAAACCGUCAGUUGGCAAGAGCAGCGUAGACUCGAAAGAGAAAGGAAGCAGCGAGAAGAGGAUGAGAAAAUGUUAGCUAAAAUAGAGGCUCCAAUUCCUCAAUCAAACAUUGGGUUUAAGUUGUUAAAACAAAUGGGUUAUACCCCCGGUGCCUCUCUUGGUAAGGAGGGCUCUGGAAGAACGGAGCCUGUGGGGAUUGAGAUUCGGCGCACACGAGUUGGGAUUGGAAGGGAGGAUCCGCAUAAGGAGAAGAGGAAGCGCGAGGAGAUUGAGGCUGUAAGAAAUAUAAGGAAGGAAGAGGAUAUGAUGCUAGAGUUUGGUUCUAGGCAGAAGUCGCAAUGGCGGAGUAGGAGGGUUGUUGUAAAUUUUCAAAAAGCAAAAGCAGCACUUGACCAAUUGGAGAACAUAGAAGUUUUGGAGACAAAGAACAAUGAGGAGGAGGAGGAGGGUGAAGAAGAGGAAGAGGAAGAGAUUAUAACAGAGGAUUUGCAAGAAAUAUUGAUGAAACUGAGAAACGAACAUAGAUACUGCCUAUUUUGUGGAUUUCAGUAUGAAACAGAAGAAGCACUUUUGUCCAGCUGCCCUGGAAUUGAUGAAGAUGACCACUAGACUAGACUCUGACGUUCAAAGGUGCCUCUUGGAUGCUAAAUUUUCUAAAUGAUUUGAAGCACAUAUUCAUUAAUAUUGUACGAUGGAUGAACUUGCUUGCAUACAGCAUUUUCGGCUUCGAAAGAGAAGAAAAGCAGGAAGGUGACUAGCUAGACCGAAUGCUGCUUUCGGGACUUCUAAGUUCUAUCCAUGGAUGUCUGUAGCACUUGUACUUGUAUAACUAACUCAAUACACUACUUAGUUAUUUAGACAUUAGAGUUUUCAUUUUUGCCAAUGUUGGAUGCCAAUAUGUUAAAUACAAAAGUUGGUGUUCUUGUGACCAUUUUAUUUACAACUUUUGUUUGCAGUGCAUAUAAUACAUCUUGAUUUAUUA